CCCCGGUUCGAUCCCGGGUUCGGGCCCAAUCUUUUGAUUUUUGGACAAUCUGAAGUCCUGAAUUCACUUCUGCUUUGUCCUGUUUUUGAGAAAUGCAUCUUUUUGUCGUUUCGAGCCUGCUACGUCCUGAAGUGGUGCAAUUUUAGUGAGCUCAUUGCCAAUUGAUUCAUUGUGCGCCCCUAAAAUAUAGUCUUUCAAGUGCUUUCCAGCUGUUGGUCCGGCAUCGGCAGCUGCUGGACCUUGCAGGGAGCCGACGACACGCUUAGGCAUCUCAAUAUUGCAAAAAUGGACAGAGCGUACUUGUAAUAUUCGUUAACGAGAACAAAAACUUACAAAACGUUUACGGGGCAUCAAGUAAAUCCUGUAGUCAUGGCAUCAGAAGACACCAAGAUCAAAGCACACAUCGAAAGCCUGGUGGCUAACAACCUGCCCCGCUCACCCAUUUACAAUUUCCUGCUCUCAGACGUCCGGAUACAUGCCGCGACCAAAGGCAACGUCAAGGCCCGCCUCACACUGACCAAAAACCACAUCAACUCCGGCGGCGGCAUCCAUGGCAGCGUCUCUGCGACGAUAGUGGACUGGGCUGGCGGCAUGGCCAUCGCGACCUGGGAUCUCCGCGAGAGGACAGGUGUUUCCGUGGACAUUCACGUGAGAUACUUGAGUUCGGCCAAGGAAGGGGACGAGAUUGAGAUCGAGGCGGCUGUGGACAAGGUUGGAGGCUCGCUCGCCUUUACCAAUAUCAUCAUAUCUAAGGUCGUGGAUGGCGAAGUGGGGCCGAUCGUAGCCAAGGGGACGCAUACAAAGUAUGUGAAGCAGCGAUCGUGAUGGGAAUGGGCCCUGGCGUAUAACGGUUUUUCUUCUUCGUUUUCCUUUCUUCGUUUUCCUUUCUUCGUUUUCCUCUCUUCAUU